GACCAAGCACGCAACACGAAUUACAAUAUAAUGUGAUAAGUUCUUUAAAAGAGGUAAGAGCAACGGGCUUUGGGAGUCCAGCAGAGGGAGAAAGCAGCAUCCUGCCUGGAUAACCCAGGGAGUACACAGAGGAAGCGCCUUAUCUCAUUUAAUCCUUGCAACACUCUCACAAGGUUCCUUGGUUGUGACAAUACAUGAAAUAAGUCAUGAAAGGAACGAUCAUCUUCCUCCUGCUUGCUCAAGUGUCCUGGGCUGGACCGUUUCAACAGAGAGGCUUAUUUGAGUUUUUGCUAGACGAUGAGGCUUCUGGGAUAAGCCCGGAAGAGCAGUUUCCUAUUUUAACCGACGAAGUACAGCCUAUGGGACCAGUGUGUCCCUUCCGCUGUCAAUGCCAUCUUCGAGUUGUCCAGUGUUCUGAUUUGGGUCUGGACAAAGUGCCAAAAGAUCUUCCCCCUGACACUACGCUGCUGGACCUGCAAAACAACAAAAUAGCCAAAAUCAAUGAUGGAGACUUUAAGAACCUAAAGAACCUUCACACAUUGAUUCUCGUCAACAACAAAAUUAACACAAUCACUCCUGGAGCAUUUACACCUUUGGUGAAAUUGGAACGACUUUACCUGUCCAAGAAUCUGCUGAAGGAACUGCCCUCAAAAAUGCCCAAAACUCUUCAGGAGUUACGCGUCCACGAGAAUGAGAUCACCAAAGUGAUGAAAUCUGUGUUCAAUGGACUGAACCAGAUGAUCGUCAUAGAACUGGGCACCAACCCUCUGAAGAGCUCAGGAAUCGAAAACGGAGCCUUCCAGGGAAUGAAGAAACUCUCCUACCUCCGCAUUGCUGACACCAAUAUAACCACCAUCCCUCGAGAUCUUCCUCCUUCCCUUACUGAAUUACAUCUCGAUGGCAACAAAAUCACCAGAGUUGAUGCAGCUAGCCUGAAAGGACUGAAUAAUUUGGCUAAGUUGGGACUGGGUUUCAACAGCAUCUCUGCUGUUGAAAAUGGCUCUCUGGCCAACACUCCUCAUUUGAGGGAACUUCACUUGAACAACAACAAGCUCAUCAAAGUGCCUGGUGGGCUGGCAGAGCACAAAUACAUCCAGGUUGUCUACCUUCAUAACAACAACAUCUCUGCAGUUGGCUCUAACGACUUCUGCCCACCUGGAUACAACACCAAAAAGGCUUCUUACUCGGGUGUGAGCCUGUUCAGCAACCCAGUCCAGUACUGGGAGAUCCAGCCAUCCACCUUCCGUUGUGUCUAUGUGCGCUCUGCCAUUCAGCUCGGAAACUUCAAGUAACUCCCAAGAAAACCCUCAUUUUUAUAAUCUGGCAAAAUCCUGUUAAUGUCAUUGCUAGGAAAAAAAAUAAAAAGAAAAUAAAGCUAGAUAUUGGAAACCUAACUGUAAUGUGGAUGUUUUUCCCACAUGACUUAUCAUGCAUACAGCCAAAUAUGCAGUUUAAAUAAUUGCCUACAAUAAAAAAAAAUAUUUUGCCUGCCACUUUCAGAAUCCUUUUUUUGAAGCUUUCUGUUGAUGUUAACUGAACUAUAACUGAACUGAUAUUCUUAUUUCACUAAAUGUAAUAUUUGGAGUAAAUAUGUAUAUCAACAAUUUAGUAAAGCUUUUCUUAUUUUAAUUUUCAGAAGCAAUCAGGUUUAAAAUGAUUAAUCUUCUGUAACUCAUAGAGUGGAUAGUGCCUUUGACAUAAACGUCAAAAUCUAGCUCUGUAUCAGUCCCCAUUAUUACUGGCAAAGCCUCAUUUGAAUAUGUAAAUUCAAUACAGGCUAUGUAAAAUUUUUGCUAAUGUCAUUAUUUUGAAAAAAAUAAAUUCACAAGUUCACAUUCAAAAUUA